GCCCCCCGCGCGCGUUGGCUUUGGGGUUGCGGGCGGCGCGCGGGCGGGCGCGAUGGCGACCUUUGUCAGCGAGCUGGAGGCGGCCAAGAAGAACCUGAGCGAGGCGCUGGGGGACAACGUGAAACAGUACUGGGCCAACCUGAAGCUGUGGUUCAAGCAGAAGAUCAGCAAGGAAGAAUUUGACCUGGAGGCGCACCGGCUGCUCACUCAGGACAACGUUCAUUCCCAUAAUGACUUCCUGCUGGCCAUCCUCACGCGGUGUCAGAUCCUGGUGUCCACCCCAGAGGGGGCCGGGUCCCUGCCCUGGACAGGAGGGUCUGCAGCCAAGCCAGUGAAGCCCAAGGGCAGGAAGAAGCUCUCGUCCGUCCGCCAGAAGUUUGACCAUAGAUUCCAGCCGCAGAACCCGCUCUCGGGGGCCCAGCAGUUCGUGGCCAAGGACCCCCAGGAUGAUGACGACCUCAAGCUCUGCUCGCACACCAUGCUGCUGCCCACCCGGGGCCAGCUGGAGGGGCGGAUGAUCGUCACCGCCUACGAGCACGGGCUGGACAACGUCACGGACGAGGCUGUCUCGGCAGUGGUCUACGCCGUGGAGAACCACCUGAAGGACAUCCUGACAUCGGUGGUAUCCAGGAGGAAAGCCUUCCGCCUGCGAGACGGUCACUUCAAGUACGCCUUUGGCAGCAACGUCACCCCGCAGCCCUACCUGAAGAACAGCGUGGCGGCCUACAACAGCCUCAUGGAGAGCCCCCCGGCCUUCUCCGGCCCCUGUGCUGGCCAGAACCCCGUGUCCCAGCCACCCCCGGACGAUGCCGAGCAGCAGGCCGCACUCCUGCUGGCCUGCUCCGGGGACACGCUGCCCACCACGCUGCCGCCCGUCAGCAUGUACGACCUGUUCGAGGCGCUGCAGGUGCACCGCCAGGUGAUCCCCACGCACACCGUGUAUGCCCUCAACAUCGAGAGGAUCAUCACCAAGCUCUGGCACCCCAACCACGAGGAGCUGCAGCAGGACCGUGUCCACCGACAGCGCCUGGCCACCUGCGAGGAGGCGCCGCUGUGCUGAGGGGGCCGCAGGCCGGCCCGGACAGGACUGAGGGGCCACAGUUCACCACGAGACCUGGACAUGUGACCUUUCCCGGGAGAACGUUCCGGGCUGCCACUGUGAAUGAGACCCGCUCAGAACAACCCCCGUCCCUCCUCUCUCCCUCCCUCUCUCUCUCCCUCUCUCCCUCCCUCCCUCCCCCUUUCUUUCUCUCUCUCCCUCUCCCUCUCUUCCUCUCUCUCCCUCUCUCCCUCCCUCCAUCUCUCUCUCUCCCUCGCUCUCUCCAUCUCUCCCUUUCUCGGUCCCUGCCUCUGAUCAGGGGCUGUGUAGGAGGCAGAGUCAGAGAGGAGCCUGGGCACCGGCCUGCAUCCAUCCCAGGCCACAGGACAGACUCUGGGCUCAGGGGUGACCUCCAGGCCGAACCCUCCACCCUUCUUCCAAAGCUGGUGCCCUCAUGUUUGGGCUGGAGGGAUGCGGUGUCAAGGCAGACGCCUCCUCCCUGGCCCCUAUCACUUCUGCUAGGUCUGGGUCGCUCCCUGCGAACCCCUGGCAGCUCCAGAGAAACACGACUUCGGUGCUGUCCUGUUCAACCCAAUAGAGUUCUUCCUUUAUAUCCAGAACCAAAAAAAAAAGAAAGAAAGAAAACACAAAACCCAACGAAACUCUUGGAAUGUGAUUAACUGACCUUAUAUAAAAUGUCUUCCAGGGGCCGGAGCGAUAGCACAGCGGGGAGGGCGCUUGCCUUACACGCGGCCAACCUGAGUUCGAUCCGCGGCAUCCCAUAGGGUCCCCCGAGUACCGCCAGGAGGAACCCCUGAGCAUCACCGGGUGUGACCCAAAAAGCAAAAAAAAAAAAAAAGAAAUGUCUUCCAAAAAAUAUAUAUAUAUGUCUUCCAAUAACCCAAGCUUCUCUUAUAGUUUAUAUGUCUAGGGGCAUUGACUGUCCCUUAUUCUGUUCGUUACUCCUAUUUUCAAAACUCCACGUUGGGUUUGCACUCGGUAAUUUCCCUGUCCUCGUGAAAUGCCCAUUUCUAUCGUUGCAGAUGAUAAGGUGGAAAGCGUUUCUGUUAGGCAGUGUUCUUAGGCAAGUUUGGUUUUGCUUUUGAAUGUGUGGGUGGAUACAGUAGGGGGUUUUGUGGACGUCUGAAUAAUAUUUGUGUAGAUAUGUAUAUAUGGCUUAGUGGAUUGGUGUAUUUGAAUUUGUACUUUAACUGUGAUAAAUAAAACUUUUGGGAGAAAA